UAAUAUUAUGAUUAUGAACUUCGAACAGUUCGAACAAGCAAUGCUGCAGCUGCUGAAUAUGGUCUGAAGUAUAUCUGAUUGUCAUUGGUCGUAUUGUAUCACGUUUGUAUUAUUUUAGUGAAUGUGAAUGAUUGGUGAAAAUAUUUUUCGUGUAAUUAUAAUUAAUAAAUCUUCAAGAAAAAUGUCAUCUAUUGCGCCUCAAAGUGUGGUAAAAUCCCUUGAAGUAGUUGGUGAAAUUUUCCAGGAAGAAAAUAUAAAAAUAUGUGUUAAAGAAUCUGUUAAAGGUGGCCUUAUAACAGGCAUUGCAGCUCUGGUUGGCGGAUUACUCGGUGGAAAGAGUGGUUUAAUUGCUGGUGGAGUAAUGGGUACAGUAGCUGCUUGUUCAAUGACUAAAGAUUUUAAAUCUCUUCUACAAAUUAUAAAUGAAAUGGACUAUGAAAAACAGAAAAAACUUUUUGAUACCAUACAAAAUGUAAUAUCAUCAAUUGACAUGAGUGAUGUAGUCAAAUUGGUGGUUUUAUUAAGCACAAGUCAAUCAAUAAAACAAGCUGUCAUUCAUGAAACUAUUAACUUUUUGCGCAAUGAAAUGAGUCUGGAAAUAUGCCGUAGUUAAUAAAAAAAUUUUUUAUUGUUAAAGCAAUAAAUUAAUGUAUGUAUGUUCAGGAAUCUGUUUAUAAUGUAAAAUUAAUGAUAAUAUAAAAUAAAUUGCACAAUUAUUAUUUAAAAUAAAUUAUUAUUGAAUAUAGA